GGGUGUGUUCCCUGGGGUUGACGUGCCUGUGGAUGUGCUUGCUGGGCGGCUCUGGGAGUUCGCGGUUGCCAGCAGCAGGCCGAAAAGGAGGCGCCCAAGCUCGCCGAGGCUGACUGGCAGCGCGGGGUGAAUGAGUGCUCACGGAGCCUGGGAUCGAGGCGGCCGCUGCUGGCGCUGCUGUCCUUGGAGCUCAAAAGGUGCUGAACAACGGAGCCUCUUGCCCACUCUGGCUGUGAGGCCAGGUGUGGCCAUGGCAGGGCGUGGCUGCCUGGGGCUGGGGCUGUUCUGCUGGGUCCUGUGUGCUGUUCCUGUAGGACCCCAGCCUGCCUCCUCUAUCCCAGGGGCCCUUACCACUUUGACCCCACCACCUCAGAGCGAGGCCUCCAUGCUAUCUCUCAACCUGGGACUAAACUUCAAAUUGCAUCUUCGAGGACCUGCUGCUGUCUGGGGAAACCCUGUCACAGAGACCCAGGCUCUUUCUCCUGGUCCAGGCCAGGAGCCAGGGGAAGAGGUGGCCAGUGGGCUGAGGAAUGAUCCUCUUUGGGAACUGCUGGUGGGUCCCCCUGGGAACUCUCCUCCAGAGUGGGGCUCUGCUGAAGGCAGUGCAAUGCCCUGGGCCUCCUCCCUGUCUCCUGAGUCCGCAUCCUUCCUCUCUGGGCCCACUCACCGGCCAACUACUCCAUAUCAGCCUAGGAUGGGCCCUAUGACCUGGGCCACUGCUCUGACAGCGACAGCUCCACCAUCCAGUGUUCCCAGAUCCCACCACAGCGAGCUGGAGCUGAAGUUCGAUGUGGCAUUGAGAGCAGGUGCAGCCCCCACACUGGGGCAUCGAACACUGCCCCUCCUGCCUAGCCUGCGGGCCAGCCUGGCAGAGAUUGCUGGGCGUCUGGGACCCUUUGGGUUCUUUGGCACUACACUGUCCCCACUCCGGAACUUCUCAGGCCUGAGCCCCCCAGGCAUAACAACAUCCCCAAACUCUGCCUCCAGAGUGUCAGAAUCUCCAGGGUUCUUUGGCACCACUCUGUCCCCGUCCCUACCUUCUCUGGAGAGGAAACUCUCAAGCCCAAGCCUACUGGACCUGGCUGCCUUCCUAAGCACUGUCUCAGCUGGGACAGCAAUGCAGCAUGACCUCACCAUCCCCACCUCUGGCUCAGAUGCCCCCUCUGGAUCCAGCCUUGGAAACCCUUCAGUGCAGCCAGAGUGUGGGCUAGAGACUUGUAGCAUGGAUGUGGGCGAGCUGCCAGAUCGAGAAGUGCAACCUCCUUCCUCCCCGCGGCCCCUCUUCUUCCUGAACCUGGAGGCUGACUGGGCAGAGGCCCGGGCUUGCUGGGGGCUGGCCUGGGAGGCCCACGUGUACGGGGCAGGCGCACUCUUCGGCUUAGUGGCCAUGCUGGCCCUGCUGGCUCUGGCGCUCUUGCCCUGGCGCUGCCCGCCUGGUGCUCCCUGCCUGGCACUGCUGGACCUCGGAGCCCUGCAGGGCUACGAGGUGCUACACGCCCUGGGCUACGGAGGCCAACCUGGCCUGGAAGGGCCCUGGCCCUGGUGGGCUUUCCAGCUCGGCCUGCGCCUGGGCGAGGUGGGCGUCGCGCUCCCUUUAGCGCUGCUGGGCCUCUACCCCACGCUCUGCAGCCCCCGCUUGCCGCCGCGCUGCUGGGCCAAGAUCUUCCGUUUGUCCCCGGGCCACGCGGCCCCGCUACUGCCCGGAGGCUGGGUCACCGGGCCCCAAGACAAGGAGCCCCUGGGUAGCGCUAUCGCUCGUGGCGAUGCGGAGCUGCUGCAGUUGUGUGCCCUGGCAGGUCCCGGCCCUGACCUGCUACUCCAGGGCUGCGGCUGUACCGGCUUCGAAGGCGCCUCGGACAACCCCGUCCCGUCCCCGGCCUCCUCCCCCUGCAGCGAAUGCACCGUGGACUUCCGCCCGCCCUCCCCGAUCAACCUGCGGCGCAGUAUAGAGGAGGCGCUCUGUAGCGAGGCGAUGCUGGCUCCUGGCCUCUUCCAGGGCCCCACUUUCGGGGAAGCCCUGCCUGGGCUCAGCCUCUACCGCACCGCCUCUCUGGGGACCAAGACCAGGGCCGGGCACAAUGGAAGGUCAGAGGAAGCCCUCAGCUCCCCAGCAGCCCCAGAUCUCCCCUCUCCUGGGGCUUGGCCCGCGGAGAGUAGCGCCUCAUCUGGCUCCCUGUGCGGACUCUCGCGGGACAGCUCAUCCAUGCUGCUAUGUUCCAGCCCGGACAGGCCUCUACGCUGUCCGCUGGUCUGUGUCCUCAGUCCCCCGAGACCCUCUGGAAGCAGCCUUAGCCUCCAGGCCUCAGGAUCCUACCAGGUUUUGUCCCCACCAUCCCACGACUCCCCCGAGCCUGCUCCUGAGCUGCAGGCGGAGGAGGCCUUGCUGCAAGAGCAAUUCCUGGAUGCUUGUCGACAAAUCGAUGAGCUGAGUGUGGGUAGCGACACCAUAGACCUGUGAUGAGGUAGCCACCUCACUGCCUUGACACUAUACACCCCUUUCUGGCACCUGCUCUGUCCAAGACCUGUACACUGUAACCCUCCCCCAAUCCUGCCUGGCUCAGAUACCUCUCCCCACUUCCUUCCUCAUCCAGGAGGUCCUGGGUGGGUGAGUCAGCAGCCAGGCUCUGCUGAUUGGGAAUUAGUGCCAUCUUCUCUGGAGCCCUGGGCAUUGAUGCCCUCCGCUGCAAUUUUAGGCUGGCAGGGGUCCCACUUUCCUUGGCAUUCACCAGCAAUAAAGCUCAAGGUGCUCCACUCUGGUGCUGAGUGAGAGGGGCUGUCCUCAGAAGACCUGGGGCCCUGCCUUAGGCCCAUACCCACCUCUGCCUUUCCCAGGAAUCCCACCCCUGUGGUGAGUGAGACUCCCUGUCCUCCACAGGCCUCUUCCCCACAGAAGGCUUCACAGCCCUUUCGGGAGGGCCGAUCUUGGCCAAAAGGCUGAGAAACAAUCUGGAGACCUUACAGCAGGUGGGUGGGAGGUGAAUGCUUUCAGAGUUAAUUUAUCAAUAAAAUAUUUUCAGAGGAGGAAGUUCUGACCUUCUUGGAAAAGCUUAAAUGGAGUGACAUCAGCAGUGGUUCUAUCAGAAGUGGAAGUGAGAGAGUCUGUCUUUAACUCCAGGGACCUUCACGUGAGACCAAGGAUCUUGUCCUGUGGCUGGGAUAAGUGAGGGUCCUGGGAGUGGUCCCUUGAAGAUCCUUCUGUCUCCCUGGAAAAUGACUUUUCAAAGAGGUGGCAUAUAGUCCUGAGAAAUGGGACAGAAGCUCUUUAGUCCUCAGUGGAAAUACCUGUGCUCCUAGGAGUCUGGCUUUAGGUCCUGGAGGACAGCUGGCUAGUUAAGAUUACAGUCCUUCACGGAACUACUGAUAAAAGCAUAUAAAAGCAUCUGGAUGCCUGAAGCUGGAAUCCCUAGCAAUCCCCCUGCCACAUUUCUGCAGUUUGGGAUUCACAAUCAAUACCUUUUGAGGUUGCACUCACAGACACCCCAUCUUUCUCUGUAGAACUCUUUUCUCGCAUAAGUGUAGAUCCUUCCUGGAGAAAGCCUGCCCCCCCUGCAGAAGCCUAACUCCAAAAGAAUUCACAAUUCAGAGAUCUAUGGACAUGUCCAGCCACCAAGCACUGUAUAAAUCCCUCCCUUGCUUGGAGUGGUUGGCUUGCAGCUCUAAAUCACAUGCAUUUGUCAUUUGGCUAAAAUGCAGUGGUUCAGAGU